AUGGGACAAGGAUACUCUCUCACAACGCUGUCGGCCGGCGCUGCCGGCAUCGAUGUCCCAGAGCUGGCCGACUUGACCUAUGAGAAAUCUCUCGGGACUGCACGUUUUAUGAAAACCAUCCGCGCCCGCCACAAGGAUGGCUUGGUCGUCGUCAAGGUUGUCAUGAAGCCGUUCAACAUGCAGCUGGAUGAAUAUGUGUCUGGCUUGCUGCAUGAGAGGAAGCUGCUGGCGGAUGUGCCAAAUGCGCUGCCCUAUCAUCGCAUAUUGGAGACCAGCACGAACGGUUUCCUAAUCAGGCAAUACAUGCACAGCUCCCUUUACGACCGCAUGAGCACGAGGCCCUUCCUGGAGAGCAUAGAGAAAAAAUGGCUAGCAUUCCAGCUUCUCUGUGCCGUGAGAGAUUGUCACGCUAGGAACAUCUACCACGGCGACAUCAAGACUGAGAAUAUACUCGUAACAUCGUGGAACUGGCUGUAUCUCUCUGACUUUUCGUCCUCCUUCAAGCCCACCUAUCUCCCUGAAGACAAUCCCGCCGACUUCUCUUUCUUUUUCGACACGUCAGGCCGCCGCACCUGUUAUCUGGCACCAGAGCGAUUCCUCAGCACUGGUAGCCAAGUCGAUACUUCGACAAAGGUAAACUGGGCAAUGGACAUGUUCAGCGUUGGAUGUGUGAUCGCCGAGCUCUUCCUUGAAACGCCCAUCUUCUCGCUCAGCCAGCUGUUCAAGUACCGCGCCGAGGAGUACGACCCUUUCAUGACGCAUCUGCAGAAAAUCGAGGAUGUAGACAUCCGGGAGAUGGUCUCCCACAUGAUCAAGCUGGACCCGAACCAGCGAUAUUCCGCUGAUGAGUGCUUGAACUUCUGGCGCAACAGAGCGUUCCCAGACUACUUCUUCAGCUUUCUGCAUCAAUACAUGUACUCCAUCACGGACCCUUCGGCUGGACGUGGACCCAUCACAGCAGGGUCUGAAAACUUGGGAGAGGCAGACGAUAGGAUCGAUAAGGUCUACAACGACUUCGAUAAGAUCACCUACUUCUUGGGCUACCCGGACGAUCCGGGAAGCCAGAAGCCUCCCAGUAGCAAGUUUACCCUAAGAGGUGACCUAUUUCCGCUUCACAUCGAUAUCCCGAAUUACAGACACCAGGCAAACAGUGCGCAUCAUACCGUUGACGAUGGCACGUUGAUCUUCCUUACAUUGGUAGCGGCUUCAGUGAGAAGCACUGCUAGAGCUACAGCUCGUAUAAGAGCGUGCGAGCUCCUUCUAGCUUUCGCAGAACGUGUCACUGACGAAGCGAAACUCGACCGUAUCCUCCCCUAUUUGACAGUCUUGCUUACGGACAAAACCGACCUCGUCAAGGUCUCUGCUCUGAGGUCUCUAACCCAGGUCCUCGCACUCGUCUCCGUUGUCUCGCCAAUCAAUGCCUACGUUUUCCCGGAGUAUAUUCUGCCCAGGCUAGAGCCUUUCCUCCCUGGCCACAAGUCUAACCCGAACCCACUUCUUCGCGCAACGUAUGCGUCUUGUCUUGCAACUUUAGCCACAACCGCAUCGCGAUUCCUUGAUAUGAUGCAGGCGUUGAGAGCCGACGGAUCACUCCCAACGAAUGACCCCGAGGCGGAGGAAGAUAGCAUGAGCCGGUCAGCCUAUCAAACACUCUAUGACAUCUCUCGGGAUGACCUAGUAGCCAAGUUUGAGGCCCAAACCAAGGCACUGCUCACAGACAAUGACCCUUCAGUUCGUAGAGCCUUCUUAGGAUCCGUGUCUAGCCUUUGCGUCUUCUUCGGAAGUGCGAAGGCGAACGACGUCAUCCUCAGCCACUUGAACACCUAUCUCAACGACAGAGAUUGGAUGCUCAAAUGUGCAUUCUUUGAGACAAUCGUGGGUGUCGGCACUUACGUUGGCGGCGCAAGCCUGGAAGAAUUCAUCCUCCCACUCAUGGUGCAAGCCCUGACGGACCCGGAAGAAUUUGUGGUCGACAGGGUGCUACGGUCACUUUCAUCCAUGGCUCAGCUUGGUCUGUUUCAACGCGCACGGAUAUGGGAAUUGGUUGACAUUGUUGCACGUCUCACCAUGCACCCGAAUAUCUGGAUUCGGGAAGCCGCUGCCCAAUUCAUUUCCUCGGCGACGACGUAUCUCUCGGUUGCCGAUAACCACAGCAUCAUACUCCCACUGAUCAGGCCUUACCUCAAGGUCUUACCUUCAGAUCUCUCAGAGCUCAAACUGCUUGACUCCCUGAAGAAACCCUUAUCCAGACUUGUGUUGGAUAUGGCCUACACUUGGGCUACCAAUACAGGCAAAGGCGUGUUCUGGAAGUCUGCUCAGCAGCAACGGACUUUUUCGUUCGGCUUGUCUGAUGACGCCAUACCAAGCAUCUCUGGACGAGAACUUGGUCCCAAGGCUUUGAGCAGAAUUCCGAAGAACGAAGAAGAUGAGCAAUGGCUGAAGAAAUUACGAAAUGCGGGGAUGAGUCUGGAGGACGAAUUCAAGCUAUUCGCUCUCCGCGAAUACAUUUGGCGGGUCUCCCAUCGCAAAAAGCAGGAUCCUGCCGACACACCUCAAGCUAAAUUCAACACAAUACUGCCACUCAAAGACCUUGGGAUUACGCCUCAGACUAUCUUCUUCGACCACAAACAGAGCCUGUUUGAUGAGGUUAUCGCCGAGCGAGCGGCCAUCGACAAUGCUCCUCACACAAUCGCCGAUGCCCUCCGCGAUGCCUCGGCAGAAGACAACAUUCCUAGACGCCGAGUGACGCUUAUGAACAACCACUUCGACCGCCGUGGAAGUGCUGAAAGACCGAUUCCGCGCAGCGAUCCGCGCAUGCCUGGUCCAUCUUCUCCUUCUCAAAGUCCAUCGGAUGGACCGUUCCCGCGAUCUAUUCAAAUACCCAAAACCCGCACGAUGGACUCUGACGCAUUGGACUCGCCGGCUUCGAUCACCUCGAGAGCGGAGUCGCGCCUGGGGGUCCACGAACACACCAUGCGCCAUAAGUCGAGUGCUAUGAGUUUGAUGAACAAGGGAGAUGGUGGCAACAAGGCCCUUGCUGAGAUAAGCACCACCUCUGCGAAUGCAUUUGGGCGCGUGGACAGCAUUAGCACUCCAAAAGACGAAGGACCGAAAAGAGCAAAGUCACCACUUGCUCUGGCCCAAGAACAGCACCGUCAAGAUCCCGGCAAGAUCAAGUUCCAAUCGGCGCACUCGUACACCGGCACGGACCCAACGAUUCUCAAACUCUUGGAUUCGGUGUAUUUGGAGAACUUCCCUGUGGAUUUCGCCGAGUUUGGCCCCCUGGUGACGCCUAUCAGCAAAAGGCAACCCAUCAAGAGGGGGAACGGCCAGACAUCUUCAUCCAAUUGGCGGCCGGAAGGUACAUUGGUUGCGAUGCUGGGGGAGCAUACUGGUGCCAUAUCACGCAUCAUUGUUGCUCCGGACCACGCUUUCUUCAUCACUGGCUCAGAUGACGGUACUGUGAAAGUUUGGGAUUCCUCGAGGCUGGAGCGCAAUGUCUCACACAAAUCCAGAGGAACACACAAGCAAGGUGACGGCGUCAAGGUCACCAGUUUGUGUUUCAUUGAAAACACUCAUUGCUUCGUAAGCACUGGUAACGACGGCAGCGUCCAGGUAGUGAAGGUCGACUACAAUGAGGUUCAAAGUGCUAGUGGAGGCAACACGGGCAUUCGCUACGGCAAGCUCAAAGUACUGCGGGAACACAAGCUGCCUCAAGGCCAGUUCGCCGUGUGGUCUCAUCAUUACAAGUCUGAGAACCAAUCCGUCCUUCUCCUUGCAACUAAUACUUCUCAAAUCCACGCCCUCGACCUCCGCACUAUGAGCACGAUUUUCACACUCUCCAACCCUCUUCACCAUGGUGCUCCUACUUGCUUCGUCACCGAUCGCAAGCAUCACUGGCUUCUACUAGGGACCACUCAUGGCGUGCUUGAUCUCUGGGAUCUGCGAUUCAAGAUGCGCCUGCGGGCCUGGUGCUUCCCCGGCGGAGCACCCAUUCACCGAAUCACUAUUCAGACCGUCAAGAUGUCUCGGAAGCCCAAGUUCGUCAUUGCGGGUGGUACCGCAGCCGCCGAUAUCACUGUCUGGGAUCUUGAAAAGCUCAUCUGCAUUUCGGCCCUCCGCACUUCGGUGUUCAAGGAAACCUCAAUGAACCGGCAUUACACGCUUAUUGAUCUUGAUGACGACUUGCAUCAGCGCAGCGGCGCCGGUGCAAGCAGCACACACGGGCCUAGUGGAAUGCUUCUGGGGCGAUUCGCCGCAUCCAUCGAAUCCAGUAGCGUUGGUCAUGGCGGCGGCACUGAUCGCAGCGUGCGCGCGCUUGCCCUUGGCUCCGACGACGGAAAUGACUUCCUCGUUUCGGCUGGAUCGGAUUGGAAGGUGCGCUUUUGGGACUUGGGAAGGCCGGAGGUGUCGAAUGUAGUGUCAGGGCUGGAAAUGGAGGAGAGCAAGCCGGUCUACACGGUGUUGCCACCAGCUGCACCAAACCCGGAGACGACCAUCGUGCAGGAGCGCAUCUUCCGUCCAUCGCAGCAGGGAACAGGCUCAGAAAGUAACGGCGACUCGAACAAGGGCAAGGGCGCUGCCAGCACAAAGACAGGAAGCCAGACGAAGAGGGGAAGGGAAGCAACGGCUGCCAGGGGUGGUAGGGACACUCUGCGGAGUCUGCAGCAGCAGCAGUUGCUGAAGGGACAUCUGGAUAACAUCUCGGACGUGGCGAUCCUGGAGCAGCCAUAUGGAAUGGUGGUGAGCGCAGACCGGGCUGGUGUAAUCAUGGUGUUUCAGUAG